AUGAGCGACUUCACGGAAGCCAACCGCAAACACUUCGACAAAGUCGCCUCCAACCACCAAACCGACUUCGGCGACCUCAUCAACAGCAUUAUUGCCGAACUCAAUACCCGCCGCGAAUCAAUCAGUGCUAAGCUAGUCGACACCGACCCAGUAGGCGAAGUCCGUCUUCUCGAUUAUGCCUGCGGCGCGGGGACAGUCUCCAAGGCUCUAGCGCCCUACACAUCUUGUACAAUUGGCCUGGACCUAUCCGCAAACAUGGUCGCCGAGUACAACAAGGCCGCCGCCGAAGCAGCGUUUGGACCUGAUCGGAUGAAAGGGUACCAACACGACGUCCUCUCCGCGCCGAGCACAACGUCCCUACCUAGCGGAGUCCUGGCGCCCUUUGACAUAAUAGUCACAAGCAUGGCACUACACCAUGUCGCCGAUCCAGGCCGGCUACUGCGCGCGUUCAGCGAGCUGCUCAAGCCCGGCGGGGUGUGUGUUGUGGUUGACAUGGUUCCUGGGUCUGCUGUUCAUGAAGGCAAUGAGGAGAGGUCUGAAUCUGAUAUAAGAGAGGCCCUACAGCCGGAACAGCGUGAAGUAUUCAAUACAAUUGGGAAGCAUGGGUUUAAUGAGGAGGAGAUGAGGGCGCUGUAUGCGGGAGCCGGGAUGUGGACGGGGUUUGAGUAUGUCGUGUUUGGCGAGCCAUUCCGGUUUACAAUGUUUGGGGAGAGGUUUAGGACAACAGGGUUUAUUGCGAGGGGUGAGAAGAGUGCUGUAUAG